AUGAGUCCGGAAACGAAGAUGUUGCUCGAGGAGCUCGACAAGCGCUUCGCUGUCCUAGACAAGCGUUUCGGUGGAAUUGAGCGCAAGCUCGACGCCAUCGCGACCUCCUCGAACACCCGUCUCGACGCGUUGGAGUCCUCCACCAGGGUGUUCGACGAAUGGCGCCCCAGCAUGGAGGGAAUGGUCGAUGACCUGCGGCUCGAGGUGAACAAGCUCGUGACCCUGAAGCUCGAAGUUGGGAAGAUUUCCAAGUACUGGGAGCUAUCGAUGGUGGAUGCACCGUCGGCGACUUUGGGUGUGUUCGUGCCCGCGUCGGCUGCCAAGUCUGCAUCGGCACCCUCUUCCCCAAGCGCCAUCAUCCACGACGCCAAGCCCGCCAUCUCCCCCAACUUCAAGUCCGCCAUCAACAACAACUUGAAGUCGGCCAACAAUGGCGCCUUCCAGGUUGCCUGGCGUGCCCCUGUCGGAUUCACAGCCGAACCACCCAGUGGGCACCAUGUCGAAUUUCGGAGCUGGGAGGGUGAAUUUGGAGUGGUCACCACUCUAAUUCCACCCCCCGACAAGGAUCAAUUUGUUGCUCUUGUUGAUGACCUCAAAUCCUACGCCAAGCAUCCCGACCCACUCUAUUACACACAUAGUUUUAUUGAUGGCUUACGUGAUGAAAUCAAAGAGGAAGCGCUGAACACGGCUCGGCAGCCUUAUCGGCGCCUGGAGCCUCCACCGAGUCAGAAGCCUAGGUGUCACGCACCAUUGCCUCUGCCAGCUCCUCCACCCAAGCUCGCUGGUGCAGAUGUCAAACGCCUAACGGACACUCCCCAUUCUACUGCUGAAGACAAGUUUCAGGCAUUGAGGGUGUCCCAUCGCGCCCAAGGGUUGUGUAUCAGGUGUGGGGCUAAAUGGAGCCGCGAUCAUAAGUGCUCUGAGGUGGCGCAGCUGCAUUUGGUUCAGGAACUCUUGGAUAUUUUUCCUUUGGACGAUGAUAUUGAUGACGCUAGUCCCCGUUCUCCAACAGCCUCGCAAGUGAUGAUGCAUCUCUCAGCCGCGGUCGCUGGGGUUUCGGCUCCCAAAACAUUCAGUUUGUCUGGUGACAUUCAGGGCAUGAUAUUGUCUAUCCUCAUAGAUUCUGACAGCUCUCACACGUUUAUCAGUGCUGACAAAGCUCUUUCUGUCCCUGGUAUUCAGAAGCUUGACCCAUCCUUGCAAGUGCAGGUUGCCAAUGGGUUGUUUUUUCACUAUGGACAUCAAGAUUUUGCCUCUAUCCUCGUACGACAUGAUUCUCAGUCUUGA